GGGAGUGUGUGUUGACUGACUCACUCAGUCUGAUCUCAAACUGGUUCGGCUGCUUCUCUUCGUCUCUCUGAGCUCGUCUUCGUCGUCUUCUUCUUCUUCUCCUUCUUGUCUCCGUUGCGUCUCCUCUUCAUCCCUCGGCCGCUGACAUUAGCGGAACGUCUCAAUCUGCUCUGAUCUGAUAUUCAGGUUAAUCUGAUUAUGAAGAUUUCCUCUGAGACGCCUCUUCGUCAAUGACGACCAAGAUGGACACUCCCUUCUACCACGACGACGCUCCCUCCGUCCCUGGCUACGGCCACGUCGCCGAGUACGAGCGUUACCAGGGGAACAAGAUGCUGAUGAGUAAGAAGGCCAUGGCGGCGGCGGUGGGCGGUCAUCACUUCGCCGCAGGAGGGAGGGGCGGGAACCCCGGCCUUCCCCCGGGCCUCGCCGGCGGCAGCUCCCUGAUGUCGGCGUCCUCGUCGGCGGACAUGAACCUGCUGAAGCUGGCGUCGCCCGACCUGGAGCACCUGAUCAUCCAGUCCAACCAGGGCCUGGUCACCACCAGCCCCGUGCCCAACGCCGCCAACCCCUUCAUGUACCGCAACCAGGCCACCAACGAGCAGGAGGGCUUCGCCGACGGCUUCGUCAAAGCGCUCGCCGACCUUCACAAGCAGAACCAGCUGGUCGGCGGCGGGCCCAUGUCUCCGUCCUCCUCCUGCUCCGCCUCCCUGCAGGCGUCCUACCAGAGGAGCCUGAUGUCCGCCGGCGACAUGCCCGUGUACACCAACCUCGGCAGCUACAACCCGGGACAGAUGCCGUAUCCCGGGGGGCAGAUCGCGUACGGCUCAGGCAACGGCGGCGGACACCCUCUUCCGCACGCCCGAGGCCUGGACGCCCCUCAGACCGUCCCUGAGGUGCCCCACCCGCUGGGCGACCCCAUGUCCCCGCCCUCGCUCUCCCCGAUCGACCUUGACACGCAGGAACGGAUCAAGGUCGAACGCAAGAAGCUCCGCAACCGCAUCGCCGCGUCCAAGUGUCGCAAGCGGAAGCUGGAGCGGAUCUCGCGGCUCGAGGACAAGGUGAAGGUUCUGAAGAACCAGAACUCGGACCUGGCCUCCACCGCCGCCCUGCUGAGGGAGCAGGUCGCCCAGCUCAAACAGAAGGUCAUGAGUCACAUCACCAACGGCUGCCAGAUCGCUGUCGGCUCCACGGCCGCCUCCAAGUCUGGAGGAGGAGGAAGAGGAGGAGGAGGAGGAGGAGGAAGAGGAGGAGGAGGAGGA